GAAUUCAGCAGCCAAAGCAAGAUGUAUCCAAUUAUCACUCAAGUCUAUGAGAUUUAGACAUUUCCCUGUCCCAAGAAACUAACGUGGUUCCACACAUGUUUAUAGUGAAGUUUCUCAACAAUUCUUUAAGGAAGGACUUCCUGAUACCGCCCUGAAAAAGAUCCACAGACCAUCUUGUGUCUUUUUUUUGCGAAACAGAACAAUGAAAAGUAUUUUUAUUUGCAACAAAUAAGGCUAAACUUUGAAUGUUUGUCCAUUGCUGUUAUUUUCCCACAUCUAUUUCCUUAUCUGCAUGUGAGUAUAUAUAUUUUAAUUUCAUUUUUGUGGACCAUGGUCUGAUGUCCUAUGAACUGUUAGAGACUUACUUGCUGAAUCAUGUUUUUCUAUGUCAAGUAUUACCAAAAAGCUGCAAAGAAUGAAAUUUCUCCUCUGUGACAAUCCAUACAGGAUUAUUUUUAACAGUUCUGUAGGAUCUUGAAGCAGACAUACGCUUGCACAGAGUGGUUCAGUUUAUUUAUAAACAUCUUUCAUGCUUUCAACUUUUACUGGAGUUUUCUAUUACAACAUUUUUUUUAACCAGUCACAAGAAAGCUGACUGUCAAAAUCCUGUUUCUGCUAUUAAUCUAAGGCAUUUUCAAAUUACUUGUCCCUAAUGACGAAGCAGAGAAAAGUAACUGCCACUUUUAGAUGUCCUGGAAUUUUUCUUCAGAACAUUUGCUGCCCUGUGAAAAUGUGGCCAGUAUAUUUGCACAGAGCAUUUAAAACUGGACUAGAUUUUAAAGACUAAUUAAAAAUAGUUUAGAACUAGGAAGAGAACAGUUAGAAUUUACCAGAAAGUGGAAGGCAUUGCCCAGUUCUGAGAAGAUGAACAAAUAAACAUUUCUCAUCAUCACGUCCAUGCAGCGUACAAUCCAAGCGUGUGUUUUCUGUAGUGCUGUUCCUUAUCAAUAGCAUUCCAGCCUAUCCUGUUUGUCAUAGAAACUGGCCCAGAGUGGAAGUGCACUUGCAGCCAAUGGAGUGAUUCAGUGGCAAUUGGGAAAGGCAGGUGGAGCAGGUAAGUCACCUCUAGACAGGAAGGUAUAAAAGAUACUCGAAUUACAGUGGCAGGGCCACUUGUACACAGGGAGCUGUUAGAGGUUACUUGUCUUGCUAGACCUACUGUGCUUGGAAACAAAUCAGAAAGCUACUGGAGAGCUUGAAUGCUAGAAGGCGGCUUAUAAAUACAAAAGAACCUGAGCUUAAGACUAUCCUCUGGAGAGAAGAGUCUUCAGGGGUAAAAAUCAAGAGCCCAGAACAUGCUUUUCUCCUUCUCAACUGCGCUCUGAACAGGCCUUGCUCAUGCUGCCACCAUAAUAUCUGAGAGCCUCCCAGACUAAAAGACUGCCAUAGCAAGGUCCCUACUUGACCUCAUGGAGUCUUCUGCUCUUCUCCCUUCUCAGGUAUUGGGAAGCACCAGCCGGGGUAGGUUUUUGUUGUGUUUUUUUCUGCCCAGAGGGAGGCAUGUGUGGGGAAGACCAUACCCAUCUCUAACGCCAGGGUGGUUCUGGUGGAAAGGCUUUGGAUGGCUGGUGGAUCUCUGCUGGUUGCUUGCUCCUUUGCAGGACAUUUGCCUUUGCCUUCAGCAUGGAACCUCACACAGGCUGCAUGUGCUAUUCUCACCUCUAGCAGGGUCUCUCCCAGGCUCAGGACCCAGUGGAAGCCAUGAACUUGCUCUUUAGUCCUUUUAAAGAUAGGCCUGGUGAUGGAUGUCCUCCCAUUAUUUAAAUCUAAAGCUGUUGUUUUCUUCUCUUCUAGAGUUUCCCAGGGCUCUGUUUAUUUCCUCAGGCUCCGUCAUGUCGUGCUUCACCCAGCUAUGGCACUCGAACACACCGGACUCUCCCACCAGCCCAGUCCCUGCGUCUCCCAGUGAAAUUCCCAUCCCCAUCAGCCCCAUUGUUAUCACCUCCCCAGGAGAUGGCAAGAGGAAGGCAAGGUCCCCAACUGACAAGCCAGGCUCUCCAAACCCGACGUCUCCCAAGCCAACCUCCCCCGUUGAAUGUUCCAUUUGCUUUAACACCUAUGACAAUACCUUCAAGACGCCCAAGCUGCUCCAGUGUUCCCAUGUUUUCUGCCUGGAAUGCGUGGCUCGCCUGAGCACAGGGCUGCCCUCAAACCAACCAGAGGACCAGCUUCCCUGCCCCUUCUGCAGGCAGCUGACCAGCAUCCCUCUGGAGGGUGCUCCAGCACUUGAGACCAGCAAGGAGCUCCUUGCCACGCUGCCCCCUGAACUCCAGCAGGAGAAGGUGCUCUGGAUGGAAGGGACCAAGCUCUGCUGCCGCCAGUCCUCUGAAGACCCUGAGAAUCCAGACUCGUGCAUCUCCAUUGAUGUUGCCAUGAGCAAGCCAGAAGCUCCAGAGGCCCCGCCGGCAGGGUUAGCUGGGAGGCUGUCCCGCUGCGACAUGUGUGAUGACUGGAAACGCAUAGUCCUCCUCUCAGCAUUGAUCAUCAUCCUGUUCUGCAUCAUUCUGUGGCCAGUCCAGUGUGCCCUGAAGACAGGGAAUCUCCGCUGCUUCACAAGAACUGUUGCAAUGAGCAGGCCAGAGUACCUUCCCCCUAAACACACCACAGCAGCAGCACCUGUGACACAACUGCCUUUCCAGUUGCAGUGAGGCAGCCCCUCGCUACCCCCCAGCAGAGCUGUCAGCUCCCUCCCGGCACAGCAUAUCAGGAAGGCAGGAACAGGGCCUACUGCCCUGACAACAUUCCUCAGUUUGCUUGCAGACCCUGUGGUCUGCUCUUCACGCUUGCUCUGUGCCUGCAGGUGAACACAUACAUCCGCUUCUGUGCGGCUCUGCUGAAAUGCUUGUCUGCCAAACUGCCUUCAGCCCAGUAACGCUCCAAGGGGCUGCCUCAGUUUCCUGUUGUCUAACUCUCCAUGGAAACCAGAGCCUUGAAAACCAAUGCAAUGGGCAACAGAUACGUUUCUAGGACUGUUUGCUAAGAGUAGCACACAGCCUCAUGCUAUCUUGGCUGGAUGCCAAAUGACAGUGGGUAUAGUUCCUGCCAACUCCUUCAGGGAACAAAGGGCUAUUUUUGCGAACUGAAGGAUCUACAUGAUUAUUCCUGAGAAGCUGGGUUUGGGAGGGUAAAUACAUACCAAAGUUGUAUAAAUAGAUGAAAACCUGUCUUAUUCCACAUACUUGAAACAUUUCAAUUGUGUUAUUCAAUAUCAGCAGUGUUGAACGCUACCUUCUGCUGUUGAAAGGCAGAUCUGUUAUUGCUACCCACCUUCCGAGCUGUGUCAUGUGCCUGAUAGCUAAGGCACUACUGAAAUUCUGAACAGGAGAGGGUAGCCACGCUGCUGGUUUCUUCCUAAGACAACACUUAAAACCACUCACCCCUUACCUGGAAAGAAGUGAAUUCUUUUUAACAUGGAGGGUGAGCUCUUACAGGCACACUCUGACAUAGCAGUAUAAACCUCCCCCUCAAGUUUCAGUGUUACUUAAUCAGUGAACUUCACACUUCUCAUAGAAAAACUGUUGCUAAAGUGAUGCACGUUCCAUCUUUUGACAGCUUUACCCUCCUGACCUUGAAGGGUGUCAGUAUUAAGACACAGGCCAGUUGCUUACACUAUAUUUUUAUUUAAUGCAGUGACCUUCUGGCAGUGAUUAGACAAAGGUCUUCAUGAACAAGAAGGCUUACAAUUAUUAUAUCUUGUUUAUUCGAACACAUGGAUGUAAGACAGUAUUGUAUGCAAGUACUAUACCUGUAUUUAUUAAAUUACACUUUAUAUAAUGCAAGGUGUCAAUUUGUAGCAAUUACUUCCCCUUUCCACUCUUAUUUGCUGUUGGAGGCAUUCACUUAACAGUCCCGAAUCCAGCUGCAUUCCUGCAUCAUAGUAACUACAGUAGAUGGCACGUUCUGUACUCCAGCCUUGCACAUCAACUGUCCCACUACUGUAUAAGCCUUCACAAGUGGAGAGCUUUGUCCUUUCAGUUCAUACUUACUAUCACCUAGGCUAUGUGGUCCCAGGUGCAACUUUCCCCUGUGUUUACCUGAUUUGACCCAAAAAAAGACUGCUCAUUUUUGCUUCUUCUGAGCUGGUUGAAAAAUGCUUCCUGUCACUCUCACUUCCCAGCAAAUCUGUGGCUAUGCAAAACUUUUAUGGAAAGCUGCUGCAUGUGCUGUAUCUACAAUAUCUUUGAUAUUCAGCUGCAGGCAGGUUAAUACCUGCCUGCCACAUGUCUGCAGAAGCUACUCCGGCCACUGUAACAACUUCUGCCAAGGUCACUGGCCUUGACAGUGAUUCUCACUCUUAUCCUUUCCAUUCCCAAGUGCUUGCUACUACACAGAGUAUCUUCACAGCACCAAUUGAAGUGUGUUCUUGGCAUAAGUGACUCACCGAGGCUUAAGGCAGAGAAGGCACUUCCAUUUUACACUAGGUGCAUUCGAGACCAAGUCCAGCAAAUUAACACUAGUAGAGCUGAAGCGCUUUGUCAUACACAUCUUGGUUACCCCUUCAACUCCCACUGGUGAGACUUAAGGGCAGGAGAGAGAGAAAUAAGUUUCUCUACAUCUUCAGUGCAACAGCUUCAUUAAAAACUAAUGCAUAUGGUGACAAUUAGGGGCCACAGAAGUGUUAUCACCAUUCCAGCUGUUCCUAGUAGUCUGUCAAAGCAUCCUCAUGGGAGGUUGUCCCUCUGCACUCCCCCUUCUUGCUCUGUGUACUUGGAAACAAAGGUUAAGGGUUUAGCUGUCCGGCAGCUGAACCUCUCACUUCUGCAUAAUCAAAAGGCAGAUUCAAAGUAAAGGCAGGCAGGGUCUUGAACAGUCACAUUUGGGGAGGGGAGACAUUCAGAAUGCCCCAUUAUUCACAUCAGCUGUCAGUCAGUCAUUUUCCCAAAGAGCAAACUACUUGAAAAGAAAGGAAAAAGCCUUGAGAAUACUCAACAUUUAUUAAAAGUGCAAUAAAAAUAAACAGUUUUCUGUCCCUGUGACAAAUGACUGGGAAUGCCAGCCAGGAAAUACAGCCAAGGUACGUAAUUGUGUUUUUUGUUCUACCCCUUCUGCUCAGCACUCUGGGAGCUGGCACUCUGGGCACUAACGCCCCUGACCAUGCAGAGAGGCAGCAAGUCCAUUCACUUCCAGAGACCCAGAAUGACUUUAACAUGAGCCCCCACAUGCUCUGGAGGUACGGACACCAGCACUCAGACCCAAGGCUCCCUGCAGAGAGCGCUUUCAGAAAGCAAUGAAUCCUGCAGAAAGGGGGUUCUUUGGCAGAGUUAUUUGCAGGCCUGAAGGCUGGAAAAGCAGGAAGCACUGGUAGUCAGAAGUCAAGAAUUAUCAACAGAGCUUGAAUAAUCCGUUCAGCAACACACUCAUCUUCACGGCACUGGUCAAAUUGUAAGUGCUCUUACAGCACCCCUACUCACCAGAUCCAGUACUUGCCUUGGCAUACAGUUGCAGGGGGAAAGGGUCAUGCAGCAAGGCAAUAAUAAAGCUGUAUCAAACUCAGAGGGGCCCGGCUCAAAAACUUCAGCUCAGUCUAAUAUCCUAGGGUAUAUUACUUGCUGGAGGUGGCUAAGCACAGCACAUAGUUGAAGCUGCUUUCCUGCUCUUCAGGCAUCUACCAGCUAAGUGGGAUUUCAGACCCACCUAAACAUUCAGACCCAGGUCUGCUCACCUCUCUCUCCCAAUUCUGCUAUGAAACCAACGCGCAGAGCGGCUAGCAGUCUCUCAGGCACACGCAGAUUCAUCUGCUAUGCUACAGCAGCAGGGAUUGCUUGUGUGCUUUGGAAAAGUUGCAUAGAACAGCCAAAAGAAAGGGUGAGGAGGAGAAAAAUCAGAGGUGCAAAUACCUGGGUCCAGGCAAUGCUUUCUAUUUCUCACUUUCACCGGCAGCAAAGUUACUCUAGGAUUUAGUCUAAAAAUACUUCUAGCUUAGAAAUGAUUGACCUAAAGUGUAUUAACACUUUACUAAUGCCCUAAGCGGGCAACCCUGGGAACACUCCUAAGCAAAUAGUCAUUUCCACUCCUUUUAACAAUUUGUGUGUAAAAAAUAAGAAUCUUAAAUUAAAAAAAAUUAAAAUUGAGUCUUGAUGCCCUAUGAACGUCCAGAGGCACUUCCACAUAAAUAUCAACCUACUAAUACAGGGGAGAACAGGAUAAGUUCCUUCUCAUGAAUAAGUUGGAGCGAGGCGUGUUCUUAAGGCGUAGGUUCUGCUUCGUUCAGAGGCGGUCAGCUUCUUACUUCCUCGCUGAAUCCAAGGUGCUUGGAGAAGGCAAGAUGGGGCAAGAAAAAAAAAAAA